AUGCCGCUGGAUCACCGCCGCCUGCGCGGCCCGGAGGAGUCGCAGCCGCCGGCGCUGUGGGCAGCGACCGCGGCCGAGGAUGAGGAGGACGAGGAGGACGCGGGGGCGGCGCCGCGGGACCCCUGUGCCCUGCGGCCGCUGUUCGCGAGGGCCGGGCUGCUGAGCCAGGCGCAGGGCUCGGCCUACGUGGAGCUGGGCAGCGGCACUAAGGUGCUGUGCGCCGCCUGGGGCCCGCGGGAGUCGGCCGAGCCCGGGCCGGGCCGGCUGCUCUGCGAGUUCCGCCGGGCUCCGUUCGCGGGCCGUGGGGCGCGGGGCCGGCCGGGCGCGGCGGCGGAGCGGGAGGCGGAGCGGGAGGCGGCGGCGGCGCUGCGGGAGGCGCUGGAGCCGGCGGUGCGGCUGGGCCGCUACCCGCGGGCCCGCCUGGCCGUCAGCGCGCUGCUGCUGCAGGACGGGGGCUCGGCACUGGCCGCCGCCGUCAGCGCCGCCGCCUUGGCGCUGGCGGACGCGGGAGUGGAAAUGUACGACCUGGCCGUGGGCUGCGCGCUGAGCCGGCCGCCCGCGCCCGCCGCCUCAUGGAUGCUGCAGCCCGCCGAGCCCGAGGAGCGCCGCGCCGCCGCCCGCCUCACGCUGGCCCUGCUGCCCGCCCUCAACCAGGUGUCGGCCGUGCUGGGCGGCGGUCGGGGCGGCCCGCCCGAGGACUGGGCGCAAGCCCUGCGGCUCGGCCUCGAUGGCUGCCACCGGCAGUACCCGGUGCUGCGGCAGAGCCUGCUGCGGGCCGCCCAGCGCCGCGAUGCCGCCGCCGCUGCCACCGCCGCCGCCACCGCGGCCGCCACCAGUGCCUGA